AUGCAGGUUGUUUAUUGUGAGGAUGAGUUGCUGCAUAAUCCACCUAUGGAAUUAACACGUGGUGAAUGGAAACCUUACGUUGAAAGUCCAAAAAGAUUAGAGGCUAUCAAACAAGUUAUUGAUCAGUAUCCAUCGGAUUUUGAAGUCAUUCAAGCCAAUGAUUAUUCCUUAAAGCCAAUCCUUGAUGUUCAUUCAUCAGACUAUAUUCAGUUUUUAACAGACAUUUAUCACCAGUGGACACAGGCUGGUUAUCCUCCCGAUGCAUGCGUAGCUGACACCUUUGCUUCGAUCACAAGGACAGUCAAUAGAGAUGUUGUUAAGCAAACAGCGAAUACGAGCCUAAGCGGAAAACUAGGAUUUUAUACUAGCGACCUAUCUGUCAUGUUUAUGAAAGAUACAUGGAGAGCCGCUUAUGCCUCUGCUCAAGUCGUCUUGACAGCUGUCCAUCAGCUAUUGCUUACCUCAGCUCCUGCUAUAUAUGCUCUUUGUCGCCCACCAGGACAUCAUGCAUCGGAUUCGGUAGCUGCUGGCUAUUGCUAUAUCAAUAAUGUUGCUGUUGCUGCACGUUUUAUACAAAACAACACUCUUGAAGAAAUGAACCAAAUCAAAAAAAUGUACAGUGACGAUAAUGAUGUCAAUCGAACCGAAAACACAAGCAAGAGCAAUGGAAAGAAGAAAGUUCUCAUUGUCGAUAUUGAUUAUCAUCACGGUAAUGGCACUCAAGAGAUAUUUUAUGAUGAUCCAACCGUAUUCUACAUAUCCCUUCAUGGGUACCCUGAUUACCCUUAUUUCACUGGUUCAGCUCAAGAGACAGGUUCAGGACAAGGUCUCGGACACACCAUGAAUAUUCCCCUUUUAUCUACAUCAACUACAGAUACAAUCUAUUUGGAUUCCUUAAAUCGUGCGCUUCAGGAUGAACAGGUAGUACGAUUCAAUGCAGAUAUAGUUAUUGUCUCGCUGGGCUUAGAUACGUGGCAUGAGGAUCCCGUUGGUGGCAUGAAGGGCUUUCAAGAUCCAAAUACAUAUAAAGCAAUCGGUGCACUGAUCAAGUCAUCGAAUGGAACAAAGAAUCGACCUGUUCUAUUUGUUCAAGAAGGCGGAUAUACCAUUGACAAACUAGGGCAGCUCGCAGUAAAUGUAUUAAAGGGCUUUAUGGAACAAUGA